UUGUGUUGGUAAUAUGUGACUUUUUUGUUGUUUAUAUACAUGCUUGAAAUGGAAAACAUAUUUGAAGAUUUCGGUGUGCAAGAAUGUCAACGCCUAAUAAGCAAGGAGGAAGAGGUUUUUCAUCACCUGGUGGAAGGGCUCUUUUCACACCUUGCAAAAGAAUUGGAUUGUCAAGAAAUUAUAAGAGUCCAUUACUUAGUCCAAGAGUAACACAAAUUGAAGAUAAUCCUGCCUCAAGUACAUCAAUAAUUGAUAGUUGUCUAGAAAGUAGCAGUCCCAUUUUGUCUCAGAAUAAAAGAAUGGGUUUAUCAAGAAGUUACAAGAAAUUGGUGAAAAGUCCAGCAGCAGCAACAAAACAAAAAAUUAAUGAAAGAUUGAGUGAAUCAUCCACAGACUCAAAUCCACAUUUAACACCGUGCAAAGGAUUGGGUUUAUCAAAAGUCAGUGGGUCUCCUAUAGUAGAUAAUACAAAAAAUAUAAAUAUAACAGAAGUAAGAGAAGAUUCUAUUAUAUACAAUGAUUUGUUAAGUGUUUGCAAAACACCACCAAACAAACAGCUGGGUUUAGUUAGUUGUGAUCAAAUUCCAAAAAAAAAAAUUCAAUUUGAUACAGAAUUUGCAGAUGAAUUAGUACCUGCCACAACAGAUCAAACCUUAAAAUCCAAAGAAUACAAGGUUUGUCCAAGUCCUUCAGGCAGUAAAAUCAUUUUAAUGAAAAAGAGCAAAUUGUCUUUAAAACGAAAUAAUAUCGACACUAUCGAAUCUCAAGAAAUUGAAAAUUUAAGAUGCGAUGUUGAACAACUGGAAGGAACGGUCAUAGACAGAGAAGAGACAUUAUCCAAGUUACAGCAAUGCGCGGUUUACGAGCAAUCACAAGAUUUGUCGACGUUAACCGCAACCUGGAAGAAUGGAUGCGAAUUGGCGCUCCGCAGAAUUAUUACCAAUUACAAAGGAACCAGUAAUAUCAACAUGGACUCAUUAUUGAUGAGACUCAAUGUCCCCAAAGACAUAUUACAAUAUCAUUCAGAGACAGAUGAGUUUACAUGGACUUUAAUUUAAAUAAACUUUACAAUCUA